AGGAGACUAGUAAACUGUAGGGUCAACCGACAAGUCUUCUCUUAUCUUAGCUGUUUGGCAUUAAUGUGAUUCUGAAAGGUGGAUGAAAAGCUGCACACAUAAUGUUUCUGAUAAUAAUUGAGAAGAGGAGAUAUACCCAUUUUACACAUUGUUUUUGCUGAACCUAAACUCAGAUUCUAUCAAAUUCUUUCUCAGAAAAAUAUACACUGUUUUUCCUUGGAUCAUGGCAGCCUAUGCAGCCAUAGUUUCUCUUAUGAAUACCAUCAAUCAGAUCGAGCACCACCCUUCCCCUCCAAUUUCUAUCGACAAACAACAAGUUGAAUCUCUCACUCAAAUUGUUACCUUUUUGCAGGAAUUUCUUGAAAGUUAUAAGUCCCCUGUUGCCGACGGAGAUGAAGCUGAUCCGCUGGAGAUGCGUAUCGCAGAUGCAGCUCAUGCUGUUGAAGAUGUUAUCGAAUCACAUAUUGUGAACGUGAUUAAACUGGGUAGAUCUAGUCCCAAUGAAGAAUUUCUCCAAGGCUAUGUUGUAGAUGCAGCUCAUGGGGAUGAAGAAGUGAAUUCUAGAGAGGAAGUCGUAGAAGAAAAUUGUGGAAAAGUGUAAGGGACUUCCUUUGUCGAUUGCUGUGAUUGGGGGUCUUUUGGCAAAGUCCGAACUUACACCGGAAUAUUGGGAGCACAUAGAGGAAAACAUAAGCUCAAUAGUGAAUUCUGAGAAUGAUGAAUAUUGCUUGAGAGUAUUGAAAUUGAGCUAUGAACAUUUGCCUGCCUAUCUGAAGCCUUGUUUUUUGUACAUGGGGAUGUUUGGGGAAGAUGAGGUAAUUAGGACCGCACAACUCAUGAGGCUAUGGGUUUCUGAAGGCUUUCUUAAACCAAUAAUCAAUAAAAGCUUGGAAACAGUUGCCGAAGAGUAUUUGAAGGAGCUAGUUGACAGAAACCUCAUUCUAGUUCAUGCGUUAGGGGCAGUUGGGAAUAUAAAGUACUGCAAAAUGCAUGAUUUACUGAGAGAUCUAUCAUUUCAAGAAGCUGAAAAGCAGAGGUUUUAUUAUGUCUUAGGGCAACAUUGUCCUCAAGGGAUAAAUAGCCAACGCCGCAUUGUUAUUCCCAGAUGGACUUCUGAGACGGAUGCCAUGGGAACUAUGUCAUGUGCUCGUUAUUACAUAUGUCUUAAUUAUAAAGUGCCAGAAAAAUUGCUAAAUUUUAGAUUUUUCAGGACAAUAUUGACUACAUAUAAGUAUUCCGAAGGGUGUUUAGAUGAAAAUGUGUUUCAAAUGGUGAACUUGAGGUACCUUUGGGCUAGAUUUCGUGAGGGGUUCCAAAUCCCUUCUUCAAUUAGUCUGCUCUGGAAUC